CAACACCAAUUGAUGAAGGCGGAAUCCUGAUUAUUAAUUUUGGGCUCCCCCGUACCCCUGAGGCGCGAAGCAAAGAAUCUCCAUUGCAAAGAACACAGGUUGUCUCGUAGCGAAACAGCGAUAUUACGCAAAGGGUUGGAGUGAAAGGGUAUGGCGCAGCCGUCCUCCCCAGGAAAAUUGUCAGUUGACCUCAAAGACGCCAUUGACGAGUUGCUUAAGUUCACUAUUCAAUCGCAUAUUAACGGGAACUCUGGAUUGGAUUUGGGCUUAUCGAUCGACUUCUGCUCUGCCCUUCUCGAUGAUGACGAUGGAACUUCCCCUGCUGUUUCUGGCACAGCCACCAGCAGAGGCAAUCGUCCCCCACAGCCUUUAUACAAGCUCCUUGCAUCAGCUUUAUAUGGAGAUAUAAUUUCUGGAGACUUUAGUGGGGUAUCUCGUGGAGAGGACUCUAAACAGAAUGGUGAAUGGAGUGCACAAAUCAUGGCCACGGCCACUGAACUGGCAAAUAUUUUCUCGUCUAUAGAAUACGAUCUUCAUGUUCAGGAGCCAUUCUUCACACAGUUAAGAGAUGGAUUGAAAACAGUUGAAGGACGGUGUGCUAGAGGCUUCUACAACCAGGUGUACAGCGAUAUACUUCUUUCUCGGAGAUGCUUGAAGCAGAGGGCCUUGACAAAGUCCUUCCUGGGCUGGAAAGCAUCGAUGAAGGUGCUAAAGUUUAUCGAAGGUUUUAUACAGAAGAUGAGGAAAGGUCCAAUGGUGUGAUUGGUGUUCGCAUUUCAAGAACAGCCAUUCAACCAUGCAAUUACUUGGCUGAAAUUAUCUCCUGUUUGUGCAGCAGCGGCAAGCUCGAGACCCUUGUGAGUUGUUUAGAACCUUCACAGAGUUAGUGUUGCUUCCACCAAAGCCGAGUGUAAAAGACUAAAAGGAGUGCAAAAAUUGUGGUCGAAGAAAUGUACGGCGCCGUAACUUCAGGCUUCUGCACUUUCCCGUGGACCAUCUUUAUGGAAUGCUGAUGAGUCUGCAGCAGUUCUAUGCUGUGCCAACACAAAGCCCUUCUUACAUGUCUUGUUUCUCACGUCGAACCAGAAAUGGGAAGAGCUGGAACUAAAUUCCAGCUUCCGAGACAGAUCAAGAAACUAAAACUUGCCGCAAUAGUAAUACCUUUCGUAUGGUUCUUCCUAAUCCUAUCCGUCUCUUUUCCCAUCCCAUGGGGAUCGUCUUUUCUUCAAUAUCCAUGAUCCAGUGUGGCUACCCUGUAUGUUCUCCUUCUGGAUUUGAUAAUUGAACGAGGAUCUUUCAGUUUGAUUCAAUUGAACAACCAAUACGUUCGUGAAAUGUAUCUAUUUGAGAACAACUGAGGACUCGAGUUUACUAAAUGUCAUUCUCGUGG